AUGUAUUUAAACGAGGCAGAAGACGAGAAUGACGAGGCGGGGAAUGACAUGGGCAUGGAGAGAGUGUUUGAGGAGCUCAAUACAUUAAAGGGGACCGUAGAUGGCCUGGAGACUCGUCUUAAAGAGACAGUGGACAGUGCUCUGAGCAGAGAGGAGGGGCUAAGAGCGGCAAUGGAUGUGAUGGCAGGAGAAUUCAAAAAGUAUGUGGAUGGAAAGCUACAGCGUUUUGAUGAAGUUGUCACAGACUGUCUAUUACGCAGGGACCAGAGGUGGACGGAGGAAUUAAAAAGGAUCCAAUCGAAGUCCCGGAUGUCCUGGGGACCCGUUAGUUAUUCUACGCCUUCCAUCCCUGCACAUUCUUCACACCGGCGACUAAGCGCAGACGAGACCUGUCCCACAGUACCAGCAGCCGCAGCCAGACCCCCCAUUAGAAUGGAGUUUCCUCAGUUCGGAGAGUCGCGAAAUUCUUCUGACGUCACGGACUUUGUUGAGCAGUGUGAGAACUUUUUAACCCUCAGACCACUGAGUGACAUAGAGCUGAUGGGAACGCUCAACACAGUUUUAAAGGGCCCUGCACGCAGUUGGUGGUUGGCCGCCCGCAGUAAAAUCUGCAACUGGACGGACUUUAGGAAGUCCUUCCUAGAGGCGUUCUUACCCAUGGACUAUCAGGCGGAGAUUGAAGAUCAGCUCAGGACCAAUGUGCAGGCCCCAGGCCAAUGCCUGAGAGAUUUUGCGUACGACCAUCGAGCUCUCUGUCUAAAGUGGAGACCAGAUAUGACGGAGGCAGACAUGGUGCGUCGCAUCCUCAAUGCUUGUAACCCUAGGCUGGCUAGCGGGCUGCGAGGCACAGUUACCACCGUUGAACAGCUGGUGAAGGUGGGCUCUCUUAUUGAGAAAGACUGGAGCAACACAAAGGACUAUUGGAGCAGAGUUCAGCAGUCACAUCCUCCUAAAAGGGUGGGCAAAAAGAACGACCAUGGUCCAAACCGGAGCUCCGGUGGCGACGUCGCUACAGCUUUGGGCGAGCCGUCUCUCCUUGUCGUGCCGGUCUACCUUCGCGGUUCCAAAGGCGAUGCGGUACUCGAUUCGGGAUGCACUUACUCCCUCAUGAGCCACUCACUAUGGAAGGCCAUCAAGAAGGACGGAGAGAUUCUAGCGAGAUUGCUAAGGCCCAAGAGGCGGACCCUUCCUGUCAAGAGCUCGGGCCGUCUGACCGCCAAGCAAGCCCGGGUCGCAUCCAUUACCAACUCCAACAGGACGUGUGGUACAGAGGCGUACCUUCCAAUCACUAUGGCAAAACGCAGACCUCAUGCUUCAGUGAAGCCCCGCCCCCGUCGCCGCAAGCGAGCAGGGAAGGUGAAGAAGCAGCGCAGGAGGAAGCGCCGCUCAUAA